AAAGCGGUGUAAGAAGAAGCAGAAGACGAAAAAAAUAUGUGCAAGCAAAUCUCGCGAAUAAAAAUGAAAUUUGCAGCACCUUGCCGUGUGUGAAAUGUGAACGCAGAGUGCACAACACAACAACGAGACAAUAAUCAGCAUUUUAGUGUUUAUUUCGAGGGCCAAGAUCACCGCUAAAUCGCCGUAAAGAUGAAGCGAAAAUACGAAAAUUGCCUGCUGCAGCAGAGGCAGCAACAAAAACGCUAUUUGUUGUAGAUAUAUACAUGUAUAUAUGUAUAUAUAUGUGUUUGUACAAAAUAUAUAUGCAAAUCUAUACAUAAGUGCGGCGGUGAAUUGGAUAAGCGAUAAUAAAUAAAAACCAUAAUAAUAACUAAUUGAAAGUACGAAGGCGCGCGAGCGAGAGAAAAAGAGGCGCGAAAAGUUGGCAACAAAAUGGUUGUCUCCAAAGACAACAACAAGCGUCGCCGCAAGGAGACGGAGACGCCACCACCGCCACCGCCCGUCCCGCCCACCGCCUCCUCACUGGCUCCUCCGUCGGCGGUGGCGGCCAUCGAGUCCUCGCCCGAAAUGCCCAAGAGAACGAAGGUCCAGGCUCAGCGAAAGUUCGCCCAGGGACAGAGUGCGCCCAGCAGCUCCUCGAGCCUCGCCUAUAGCACAGCAGCAGCGGCGGCAGCUGGAUCCGGAUCCGGGCCCAGCACCUCCGGAGCGGAUAGCUCGCAGCCGCCCAUCGAAAUCCUGCCCAACAAGUGCCCCAAGGCGCAGGAUUUCCUCACCUUUCUCUGCUUUCGCGGCACUCCGGCACUGCCCGCUCACCUGGAUUUCCUCAACCAGGGCAAGUCCAAGGAUUCGGAGGCCAACGUGGCGGGAGCCAACAAUAAUAACAAUGCCAAAAAGGCCAACAACAGUCGAGCGGUUUUGGCAGGCAACAAAAAGAAGCGGGGUCGUCCAGCCAAGGGAGCCGCCAAGAAGGUGGAUGCGGUCGUCGCUGUACCCGAACCCACUGAGCAGAAACCUUUGAGAGCAGAAAAAGCAGUCAGUGAUAAAACCAAUCUCAUUGCAGCCGGAGCGCCUGAGACUCCGUCACCAACUCCUACUCCCGUGCUGCCGGGAGCGGUGCGCAAACGAGCGGAGGUCGUCACCGAUGGCAACCGACGAGGAGCCAGAGGCAGGAUAGCAGCCGGAGCUAGUGCUACUCCUGAAAAAGCAGUAGUAGUAGUAGCAGCAGCAGCAGCAGCAGCACCAUCAUCCAAUGAUAACAAGCGCCGCUCAAAUCGAGCAAGCGCUAAGGAAAGUAAACCCAUUAUAGAUGAUGACAAUUCGGAGGAUUUCGAUGAUGAAGAACUGUUGGAUGAAUACUAUUCGCGCAAUGGGGAGGAGGUCGAGGCAGAAAGUCCUGUUAAACCAGAACCCACCAAGCGAGGACGACCGUCGGCGGGAAAGAAAGCAGAGCAGAGCAAAACAGAGUCCACAUUGGAAGCCCAGGCAGCUUCGAAGGACAAGGCGCCCGUUAAGCGUGUUAGGCAACGGGAGUCGCCCAUUUUUAUACCCUCACCCGAGUCCUCUGGCCGUAUGACAAGACAGCGGGCUUUUUUCGAGCCCGUUAAGGUUCCGCCGCACCAGGAGGAAUCUGCAACACCGGAGCCGCCAAAAGAAGAGCCCAAAAAAGAACCCGAACCGCCACCUAGCAAACCAGAAAAGGAACCAGAGCCUGCUAAGCAGCUAAAGGAGGCCAAGGAGAAGACAAAUUCCAGUAUUUAUGCCAAAGACGCCAAGCAGCAGCUGGAGAAUGGAGACAGUCAACAUGGUGCGGGGGCCAAGGGCAAAAAAAGUCUGAAUGUCUUCGAUUUCAGUUCAGACGACGAGCAGCCGCUGGCCAAGUCCAUCAAGCUGAAAAAGGGCGCCAAAGGAGCGAGUCCCAAGAAAGGUGCGGCAGCUGCAGCUGCUCCGCCAGCCAGGAAUCGCAAGGCGGCAGCUAAAAAGCUAGAGAAGGAAAAGGAAAUUGAAAAGCAACUAGUAAUGGAUAAGCAGAAGGAAAAGGAAAAAGAGAUGGAGAAAGAAAAAGAAAAGAUCAAGGAAAAAAGGGACAAAGAGAAGGAGAAGGAAAAGGAGCCUGUCCCAGAGAGCAAGAUGGAGGAGCCACCCAGUGGCGGGAAAAGAGGGAAAGCUGGUAAAAAGAAAGCAGAGGACGCUCCAGCUGAUGAGCAGGAGUUGGCGCCACCCUCCUCGAAGAAAGUCGCCACCAAUGCCCGCGGAUCUCGGAAGUCAGCGAAAAGCAAGGCUUCCGAAGACUCCGUUGAGCUAGAACCUCAGCGAUCGCAGCGUCCCUCACGCAAAACCAAGGAAGCAGCGGCCAUCUACAUGGGCAUCAUUGGCCACAAACUACAGCUGGCCGAUGAUGAGGAGGACGACCUGUCAAUGAGCAGCUUUCCUGACAUACCCAACGUCAAGGAGAUGGAGAAGAUGGAGAACGAGAUCAAACGAAAUGCGGCGGGAAAGUUAAACGUGCCGGAGGCCUCGACGGUGCCUUCGGCAGGCAAAUCAUCCCGUAAGCCGUCGCCCCGACCCAAGGACUCUCCAGUUACUGCUCCGGUAGAAGCCAGCCGUGAUGAGGCCCCCUCCCCUCCAGAAGUCGAAGAGGAGAAGCCACCACCCCCAGCCCGACGUGGACGUCCGCCCAAGCUGGGAAAGGCCUCUGUUACCGCUCAACCCCCCAAACCGCCUAUCGAGGGCAUGCUGGUGAAGAAGGGCUCCCUGACCAAGAUGGCCGAGCAGCAGGCCAAGCCCAAAGCCAAGUCCGAACAUUCAAAAGUUGACUCCGAUGAGGAGGAAGACUUUCUCAUCAACGAGGAACUAAACGAAACAAAGCGCAAGCUAGAGAAAAGUUUUAGCGAUUCGGACGAUGAACCGCUGGCCAUCAAAGUACCGGUGGUGGCGACCAAGGAGAAGGAAGUAUCGCCUCCGAAGAUGCCCAGUCCACCGCCCAAAAUGAUGCCGGUUCCAUCGCCCAUCUCUGUGCCCACGCCUUUAGUUUCGGUGGCUCCAUCGCUGGCUAUGUCCAGUACACAACCGGCCACCACUAGCACCACCCAAUUGACCAUGCUCCCAUUGACGGCCAAGGCUACGCCAACGCUGGGCAGUAUGCCGAUGUUUCCAUGCAUGCAUGCCAGCUAUUCACCGCUCAAGACCAUGGAGAAGAAGCCGCCGGUGCCCACGUCCAAGAUUCUGAACGUACCCGCCACCUAUGCGUUGCCGGGAAGUGCCAGUGGAGCUGUGACUUUCCAGAAGACCUCAUCGUAUCUGCCGCAGGCAUCGCCCCACUACCAUUCCGGCUAUGUGCGUCCACCACCGACGCCCACUCAUCAGUUUGGCGGCGGAGCACCUUCUGGGAGUAAGACUCCCUCCCAGGGCUCAUCGCCGCUGAAAUAUCAGACGCCGCCGACCACCUAUCCGCCGCCCAUUGAGGCGUAUCAAUGUCCCAAGAUCAAUCCCAACUUUCUGACGCCCAAGUACGAGCGAAGCCCACUGCCAAGAUCAUCGACCAGCAGCUUUCCAAGUCCAUCGCCUGUAAAAUUUAUGCCCACAUCGGGAACCACGGCCACCACAGUGGGCACACCCUCGUCUGCCACAAAGAGCCCUUUGGCACCACCGCCACCAUCUCCUCCGGUCAGCCAGGUUGUGAUCCAGACGUCCAGCUUGAAUCUUAGCAUGAGUAUUGCAGCUACAGUGAAUGCUGCACCAAUGGCUGUGGCUUCCACGUCGUCAGCAGCGGCACAUCACGCAACAGUUGGAGCCACAGUCACAGCCACGUCAACGCCACCUCCUGCGCACAGCAAUAGUGUGGCCACUGGAGGAGCAGCAGGGGCCAAUUCCGAUCCUCUGAAGGACGAGAUUGGGAGUAUUCUGGCGCAGGCAACACUGAUGCCCAGCAAAGAAGAGUCGGGCAAGAUCUUUGGCAUCGCCAGCGUGAGUUUGGCCCAGAGUUCUGGACCUGACAACACCAAGUGCACCCUGGGCAAGUGUGGCUCUAUCCAUAAGCCUGUGCUGGGGCCUGUGGUGCCCACGGAGGGUUACUUUGGCGACCAGUUGUCCAGCAAAGAGCGGCGCAAGGCAAAGGUCAACAUGACGCACGAACAGAUUCAGAAGUGGCUCAUUGAGUGCUCAUCCAACCCAGAUGAAAUCCAAGACGAUUUGGAUGACGAUUUCGAUGAUAGCUUAAGGCCCCAGCAAUCUACUACUCCGCCGCCCACGAGAGAUGAUAAGGAGCUCAGUGCAAGCUUUAGUUCAUCAUCGAAAAAUACGCGCGGUGAUCUUGGGAAAAGUGAGAGUGCCUGGUCGGCAAAGGGGCCAUCCCUAAAGGCCACGCCUGUGCUGGUCACUCCGCCCAGUCGCAAGGAGCAGCUGGAAAUGGCGGAUGGCAAGGACUGUGAUGCCUUGGACUACGACAAGUCAUCAACACCUGUAAAUCUCACACAGAAGAUGACAUGCAAUGAGUCGGCAACAGUUGACAAGAAAGUCAACGAUCGGAAGGGAAAAGAGUCGCUUAAGACCGCUGCAUGUAAGGCUGCUGCUCAGCCAAGAAGUGCUGCUGCGACUCCUCCAACUCCUGUCUCUUCUACACCCACUCCUGUAUCUCUCACGCCAACUAAGAGCAGUCCCACUCCACCGCCAGUCAUCAAGCAGAAACCAGAGAAGGGCAAGCGAAAUGCCGGCGGUGGUGGAGGUGCAACUUCAAUAGUUUCUCCACCCGCUGCACCUACUCCACCCAAUCCCAAGCGAACGCCUGUUUACAACCAAAAGAACGCCAAGGCACAGCAGCAACAGGCGGAGACCAAGCCAGCGGCUAAUCCCCCAAGCGCUUCAGGAGCCAAACGGGAAUCGGUCUAUGCCUUUGGCAAGGAGGAAGACACAUCCACCAAGACGGGCAAUCGUCGACGGGCGGAGCCCAGUCAAAUUCCUGCCCCAGCUCCCGUGUCCAAUGCUUUGAGUGAACGAUCUCCAACCAAGAAGCGAGCAGCAGCCGCAGCGGCAGCCACGGCGGUCCAACUAACGCUGAGUCCCACGGAGAACUGCAAGAUCGAGGGCAAACCGAAGGCGACAACUGGAAGAGGAGCCAAAAAGCAACAGCAGCAGGCUCCCGCUCCACCUGCACCUGCACCACCCGUAGAAGCCAGUGGAGGUGGAGACUCGGAUGCAGAAGGUGCAACCUUCUACAUACCUCUUCAAGGAGCUGGUGUGGGAGGCAGCGGCGAUGGUGGAAUCCAAGGAGUGGCCGUAAAGUUGGGACGCGAGGGACCCGAUGGCCCCAAUCAGAAGGUGGUGAUGCAGGCCACUUUGGUGACCAAGGCACAGAUGGAUACCAACUCAAAGCCGCUGCCAGAGUCGCUCAAUACCAACGAGCUGGUCAAAACGUUGCUACAUGCAGCGAGCAAUGAUGCUGCCUCAACGACCACAAGCCUCAAGAGCUUGCCCAAGGCGAGUACAUCGGCAGCGGCGGGAGCAGGAGCUGCACCUGGUGCAUCCAGCUUGGUGCGCGUGAACUCCAACUCGUCGCUAUUCUCCGGCUCGGCGAAAUCUCGUACAGCUGCGCAGACGAGCUCCACAGCAGCAGCCGUGGCCAAGAAGUACAAGGAUGACACGCCCAUUAAGAUGGCCAACAACACGGCCUUCCCGCGACACGAUGAUCCCACCCAAAUGGUGGAGGCGCCCAUCUUCCGACCAACGGAGAAGGAAUUCGCCGAUCCCAUUGAGUUCAUCGAGCGCAUCACACCGAUAGCGGCCAGGUUUGGCAUCUGCAAGAUCAUUCCGCCGGCCAGCUUCAAACCGGAAUGUCGAAUCUCGGACGAGAUGCGCUUCACGGCCUACAAUCAGUAUGUGCACAAGAUGCUCCAUCGCUGGGGUCCGAGUGCCAAGGAGCUGAGUGCAAUCAAGAAAUACCUGGCCACCCAGAGCAUCGUGAUGAAUCACCCUCCCUGGAUCGGUGGAAUGGAAGUGGAUCUGCCACGUUUGUAUCACACGGUCCAAGAGCUGGGCGGCCUUAAGGAAGUGAUCGAGAAGAAGAAGUGGGCCCGCGUGGCGGAGGAAAUGUGCAUACCCAAGCUGGCCCAGGAUCGGGUGACCAAGCUGGACGACAUAUACUGCAAGUACCUGUUGCCCUAUGAUACCUUGUCGCCGGCGGAGCGCCAGAAGCUUUUCGACGAGGUCGAGGCGGACUGGGCCAAGAGGGAGGCAAGGGCGCGUCGGAAUGCGGAUCGUUUCGUGAACACGGAGAGCGUGUCCAACGAGGAGGACGAUCUGAGCAGUGACGAGGACGAAGAGUCCGAGGAGGAGAUUGACGGCGUGUCCAUGGAGUGCAUCGUGAAGGGAAGGAGUAUGCCCCUCAGCCAGUUCUACAGGAUUGCCAGGAACACGAUGGCGCUGUGGUUCAAGAGCACCGAUCCAACGGUAAACGAGGUGGAAGCGGAGUUCUGGCGCCACGUGGCCGUGCGUGAUAGCCAUGUGUGCGUCCACUCGGGCUCCAUCGAUAGCUCGGGCUGGGGCUAUGGCUUCCCCAGUCCGGGUCCCAAGGGCAAAGGUUCCAACUAUGCAAGGCAUCCGUGGAACCUUAAGGUACUGACCAACAAUUCUGGUUCCGUUCUGCGCUCACUGGGUCCCGUCAUGGGCGUCACCGUUCCAACGCUCCACGUGGGCAUGCUCUUCUCCGCCUGCUGCUGGUACAGGGAUCCACAUGGACUGUCCUGGAUCGAGUACCUGCACACUGGUGCCUCCAAGCUUUGGUACGGAAUACCAGACGAUCAGAGUGCGAAUUUCCGAUCGGCCUUGACGUCGCUGAUCCCGACGCACUGCCAGAACAAGACAAUCUGGUUGCCCUGUGAUACGGUGAUGGUGCCACCGCACAUGCUCACGGAUCGAGGGGUAUCGCUGUGUCGCAUCGAGCAGAAGCCGGGCGAGUUUAUUGUGGUAUUCCCUCGGGCCUACACCUCAAGUCUGGCCACUGGCUAUGUGGUUUCCGAGAGCGUUUACUUUGCCACCAUGUCCUGGCUGGAUUUGGCCAAAGAUGAUUUCAGGGACAUCCAUGAGAGCUGUGAGCCAGCCAUGUUCUCGCUAGAGCAACUGCUGUUUGCCUUGGGCUAUGAUCAGCGGGUCAACUCCGAUGCCCUGCAUCAAAUGUUGCCAAUGCUUAAUGAUGUUUGCGAGAAGGAAUCCGCCGCCAGGGAGCAACUAAGGGCUGCUGGCGUAACUUCCACCGAAAAAGUGCAGGCGGAGAAGGGCCAGAAGGCCAAGAAGCAGCAGCAGCCCCCUUACAAGUCCAUCGAGAGCGAAUGCGACCUGUGCCGCGCCAACCUGUAUAUAUCGAUGGUGCGCACCGAGGACGGCAACAUCUAUUGCCUUCAGCAUGCGCUAAAGAACCUCAACAACGGCAACAUUCAGGCCAAGCAAUGCAAGCUAAUCUACGCGUACAACGUGGAUGAUAUACAGCAGCUUAUACGCCAGCUGCAGGAGAAGAUCAACCACAAGGCGGCGGUGAAGAAAAAGUAGCAUCGUCGGCGUCGUUACUAAUCGGCGGCGCAAGAAAGAUACAGACGACACACAGAUAGAGAUCCCGAUAAGACUAUGGAUUUGGAACACCACGCUGAUGUACAUAUAAGGAAAUGUGUAUACGUAUGUGAUUCGCCAUCGCUAGUGAGCAGCUAAAAUGAUAAUUGGGUGAAAUAUAGUGAUGACUACGAGUUGAUCCAUGGAUCGUUGGGACAGCGACCCGCAAACACACACAUAUAUUUAUGCAACGUUUAUCUCCCAGUUGACUAACUGACACUAUUACUAACUGUAUAAUAAGAGCAUAGGAUCGAUCGGAUAUAGGGAUGUAACUGUUUACAUUUCAACAUGGCAAUGCUUUCAAUUUUGACUAGUUUAUACAUUUAAUCGAUAAGAAGUUUGCAAUGAUUUUUGUUUUCCAUUUGGUUUUUUUGUUAUGCAAUAUGUCCCCUCCCCGAAAAUGUUAUUAACCCCAUUUGUGUUACUGUAUAUAGAGAGCCUAGUAUAUGUACGUAGUUAGCUUUCGAAUUAAGUCAGAGACCCUCAAAGAAACCAUGCUAACGUGUUGCAAUUUCUACUACCUUUUUUAAUGUUAAGCUAACGAGUAAUUACCAUAGCAUCAUAGAACACCGGAGCGCAGAUGUCCACCCACAUAGAGCGGUAGAUUCAACACUAACAAUAGCAAGAGACCGUCCUGGGAUGGAUCUCCGUCAACUAACGAACUACACGAAAGCCAGAGUUACUAUCGAUGACUGCAGUUGUGCGUGUGGGGAAAAAACCCAAUCCACACUGUUCAUUCAACCAAAAACGAUACAGACGAUAUCCAUCGAGGACAGGCGAUUGCGAUUGCGUAAAUGAGAAGUUUUCACUAGAUGUUCAAUGUAUUUAUAUAGUAGUAAUACAAUAUUUAAGUAACAAGUGCAACAAUAAAUCUUAACGCGAUAUAUCGAA